AGCUCACACAGCCCAUCCCAACCAUCCUUUUAUUACCAAAUCGAUCCAAACACAAACUUCAAACUAGACUAGACUAGCCAUGGCGCACAUCAUGCAAAUCUUGGAGGAGACCGGGGCCUUUGGCGUGUUGGGUCCCGUAAACGCCCAGCACAAGCUCACGGUCCAGUGGCCCAAUUCUCCGCCAUUCGAGCCGGGUCAAUCCGUGCCCGGUCACCUCCUGAACAGCGCCAGGUCGCAGCCCAAGGUCUUUACCGACUUCCAGGGAGGUGGCAAUGGAUAUUUGUUGGUGAUGUUGGCACACUACUCUGGCCAGAGCACUGACAACCAAAUGUGCCACUGGAUCGUGUCGGGCGUUCCAGUCUCCGACAACAGUGUGGAAGUCGAGAAGGGCCAUACCUUGGCGCCCUACAUUCCUCCCAUGAUGGGCGAUGAGGGACAGGCGCAGCUUUUCUUCCUGCUGCUCAACCCCAGACCUGGCGCGGCUUUCAACCCGGCGGCUGUCAUGGCCGAGCUGAGGGGCAUGAUGCCUAUGGGGCCGCCCAAGUUGAACACGCGAAGUUUCUUGAAAAACACAGGCCUAGAAGUUGUUGCCGCAUCGGUCUUGAUGGGUUAAGGUUAUUUCGGGGCCACUCUGGGCCUGUUCCUCGAACCUCAACUCACAAAAAAUUGGCUUGGGCUUUGUGGCAAUUGGCCAUGACGAUGGGGAGGUUUUUAUAACGAAGUUUGACGGCUGGGCUGUUGUUUGGUGGCCAAAUCUCUCGUGUCCCUACCUAGGUACCUAGGUAUUUAGCUGGAUCAAAAUGAUGAUUUUCCUAGAAAGCCGUCUGUCUAGAGGCUGGCAAAGACACAUUGUAAACGGUGUGCAUUCAGGAACCGAGCUAACAAUCCGAAAUUGUG